AGAUGACAAAAAUAAAACGUUCCUAUGUGAUGGGUGCGCAAAAACUGAAGAGCUACUACCACAACUGAUGGAGCGUAUUGAAGAAAUUGCCGAGGAUAUUAAAUAUCUUUUACUCUGUCAGCAACAAAAUGCUCAAGAAGGAAAAGAGUUUGCCAAGUCUAACUUUCAUCCAUGUGGAACAAAAGAAGAAUUGCAAACAUUAAAUGAAUCACUGGGUGACCCCAAUACUUUUCAAUCAACUUGCCUAUUUCUACAAACAGUAGGCGGAAAAGAUGUAGUCGAUACCACCAGAAGGAUGUUGUCCAGAAUUAUAAAAAAUGAUUUAGCAAUGACGUACAAUUGGACUGGGAGAAAUUCCAAAGAAAAUUUCAGUAUUUUUGAAAACAUAAUGAAGUUAAUACUUGUUGCCGUGAGAAAAAACCCUUUGUCCAGGAACGCCACAGAGCUAGAAGUGCACCAAGUGACAAAAAAAUAUUUACGAAAUGCCUGUGAUCGUGAUGGUGGUCUAGCAAAAAGGCAAACAAGGGAAAAUUAGUAGAAUCAGGGAUCAGGUAAUUUUCACAUUUUAUGUGAAACUAAUUAUAUUGGUAUAUUGUUCUGAUGUUUCAAAAAUUAUUAAAAUGUUCACAAUUAUCACCAUUCUUAUCAUAGAAAAAAUAUUCCACUGCUUUUUUAUGCAUUUUUAUUUUUUUUGUAUUGAUUGAACAAUAGCCUGUGAAGUGUAUGCCAAACUUAACAAAAUAAAAUUAAAAAUUUGAACAGGUAUUUAUUUUUUUAUUUUCCAAGUAUUUAUUAAAUAUUGCCCAAAAUAGAAAACUCCCAGCUGCGUGGCCCGAUUCCUAGAUCCGCGCGUGCUAUAAAAUUGGCUCUUAUGAGACGAAUAUACUAUUAAAGUACACUUUGUCUUUUCCAGGUAGGAUAGAUAUCCACUAUGUAUAAGCAGCUACCAAAGAAUUAUUUGAGGAAUUAUAUUUGAACAGAAAUGUGUUUUAUUUUUUUUUCAUUAAAGUGAAAUUAAACAUU